UGAACGGAUGUUUAGUAGGUUUUAACCUGUGAUGAACAUAGGAUAUAUAGGAUAAUAUACUGAUAUAUACAGUUGGUAGAAACAAACGUCGUAGCUUCUGGUGAUUCAUUGUUUAUACUUUGACAUCUCUGUUCCGCCGGAACCCCCGUUUUCUACGUUCACAGCACCACUACGACGGCAUUGGCUGAUGGACUGUAUACAAACCAACGUGUGUGAGCUGACGGACUGAUAGGUGAAAAUGAGGAUCCUCAUGCUGAUUCAGAGGACACACAGAAUCCGUCGCAGCAUCACCUCUUGUUUUCUCCCUCCUUUGGUCCGUCUAUUUCACAGCAGCAGCAGCACUAUGGCCAAGAGCAAGUUUGAGUAUGUCCGCAACUUUGAAACAGAUGACACAUGUCUCCGAAACUGCUACAUUGUUGUGCGACUGGAUGGACGCAACUUUCACAAGUUCGCAGAGAAGCAUAAAUUUACAAAGCCCAAUGACAACAGGGCCUUGGGCCUGAUGACACGGAGCGCUCACUCUGUCAUGGAGGAACUAGAGGACAUUAUUGUUGCGUAUGGACAGAGUGACGAGUUCAGUUUUGUUUUCAAGAGGACCUCCAACUGGUUCAAGAGGAGAGCCAGUAAGCUCAUGACGCAUGUGGCUUCCCAGUUCUCCUCCUCUUAUGUGUUUUACUGGAAGAAGUUUUUUGGGGAGAAGCCCCUCCUGUACCCCCCUGGCUUUGAUGGGCGGGUGGUCCUGUAUCCUAGCAACCACAACCUGAGAGACUACCUGAGCUGGAGGCAAGCAGACUGUCAUGUAAAUAACUUGUACAACACAGUGUUUUGGACGUUAGUACAUAAAGGAGGACUCAACAUCAAGGCAGAGGACCGCUUAAAGGGAACGUUAGCUGCAGACAAAAAUGAGAUCCUGUUCUCUGAGUUUGACAUGAACUACAACAAUGAAUCCGCCCUCCACAGGAAAGGCACCACUCUUAUCUGGGAGAAGCAAGAUGAAACUGUGACCAAACAAGUGAAGCUUCCAAACGAAGAGGAGAAGGAGGUGCAUGUGACGCGCAGCAGGAAGAGGGUGCGUGCACUCCACUGUGACAUUAUAGGAGAGCAGUUCUGGGAGGACCACCCAGACAUCCUGGAGGACGACGAUAACUCCUGAACGCUGAGCACUGAUUGGUUGAAGUUGGACCCACAGAAGCAGUGACUCUAACUGAACAGACAGCUUGAUACAGACUGAUGCAGACAGAUGACCGUGUUACCCAUGAAGCUUGUUACCCUUGAUUGUCAAGGACUCAAGUUUUAUAAUGCUGAUUGAUGUUUUACAAGAGGUUUCUCACAGCUGGAACAUUCAUUUCAUGCAGUUCAUCAGCUGUGGCAGGCUUAAACAAAAACAACUGUGUUUCUAAGGAGGGAAAUGCCAUUUAUCUAUAGUGGGUUGUGGGCUGACACUGACUGACAGUAACUAUUUCCUACAAUGCUGCUUGCAUCUGACACUCCUUAGUUUGCUCCUCCAAAAAUAUACCACCAUUUGAUAUCAUGAAUGGCAUUUAGACUACAUGCUACUACAUUUACAUGGCCUGUAAGAGUGCUUAACACGACCCCGCUUGGACCGGUGCUUCUUGUGUUGAGGGGUUUUGAUCUGUGUUGGUGCUUUGAACCUCCGUAGGUUCCUGGUGUUUGAAUAAUAGUAACAAUAACUUGGUCAAUAUAAGUGCCAGUUUCUGGUUAGAAAAAGCAAAUGUGCGGCAGCAUUAAGUGGAGUAAUGUAGAAAUCAAUACCUUGCCAGUAAAGAUUAGCCUUGUCUUGCUGCCAGGACACCAUUUAGAGGAGAUGUGAAUGGAUUCAUCCGCCUGCACCGUCACCAGUGCUAAGAAUACCACACACACACACACACCCUGCAUACACUCUAUCCACCUGACAUGUGGCCUGCGGCAUAUUUAUCGCACUUAUAAAUGACCGGCUUCCUAUGAAUGGCUGCUGGCUGCUUGCUUGAAGUGAAAACGACCUACUGUAUUACGUUACUGUAGUGGGCUUGGUUGCUGGGGGGCAAUACAGCAAUAUGUUUUUGAAUAUCUCAUUUGAAAUCAUUUACACUGUGCCAAAUAUGUGUUCUACCUAACCCAGAUAAAGCUUUUGUGUUACCA